CAUUUCAAGAUUUCAAGGUUGUUUUAAAGAUUAAACCAAACACAUCUUACGAUUUACCAAAAAUGUUCAACCAAGCCUGUAAGCUUUUUGUGGGAGGACUCAAGGUGGACACCAAUGAUGACGGGCUGCGCAAGCAUUUCGAGCAGUUUGGCACCCUCAUCGACUGUGCCGUCGUCCCACACAAGACGGCGCAACGCUCUCGCUGUUUUGGCUUUGUGACCUACUUAACACCAGAGGAGGCCAACGCAGCCAUGGCGGCAAGUCCACACACAGUGGAAGGGAACUGGGUUGAGGUCAAACGAGCUGUUCCAAAGAAACAGACCGAUGAGUCUGAAGCUCGUGACAAGGUGAAGAAAAUCUUUGUUGGUGGCUUGAAAAACGACAUCCAAGAGGACGACCUCACCGACUACUUCUCUCAGUAUGGUGAAGUGGAAAACUCUGAAAUCAUGUCAGAGAAGACGACCGGAAAGAAACGGGGUUUUGGCUUUGUGCACUUCACGGAUGACUAUGCGGCAGACAUGGCUGUGGCUGUGCCUUUCCACACAGUGAACGGACACAGAGUUGAAGUAAAGAAAGCUGUUCCCAAGCAGGAGAUGCAGGCGCCCAGCAGAAUCUGAAUGACGCCAAGAGACAAUUCACGCCGCACCAUGAUGGAAAACCAAAACGACGCCAUGGAUUAUGGCCAAAAUUACGGCUAUGGAAAUGGCGGAGGAUAUGGCGUUUAUGGGGGGUGCUGCUGCCCAUGCAGAGGCGGCUGUU